GUCGGUUGCAAACUUUCUACUCGUUUUGAAAUUAUGUGCACAAUAAUCGAGAGAAACUUAGAAACUAUUCGGUCACCGAAGGAAGUUUCUACAAAAACCGUAAUCUGCAGAAUAUGUUUCGAUAACGAUACGAGUUCCGACAGUCUGAUCAAGCCAUGCUCUUGUAGCGGAACAGUCGCCUACGUUCACAAUGGAUGCUUGGAGCAAUGGGUCCGUACAACAUCAAACAUUCAAUGUACCAUAUGUCAGGAUAUGUUUGAGUUGAUUCCGGCAGGAUUGAAAGAUUGGAACAAAAUUACUCUGCCGAGACCACUUUCGGAACAGCUCGAAGACUAUAUGGAAUUCGGAUGUACUCUUGCGUGGGUGGUGUAUAUGCUGAGAUUCGCAUAUGUCGGACUUCGUUAUGGAAGCCGUUCGAUGAUCGAGAAUGUCGAUAUGGCUAUUGGAACAGGAAUGAUGCGCAGCUUUUGGUGGAUGACAUUUUGGUUCAAUUUUCUUUACUAUGGAGCAAUGUGCUUUGUUUUCUUCGAGAAAUGGCUUAUUGAUAAUACAAUUUUUAAGUUCAAGGAUAGAUCUGGAAGCCCGUCAAGCCAAAUUUCAAUUGCAAGUCGAUCUAGCAAGAGAGGAAUGAAAAUGCCAAUAAAUGCACAUUGAUAGAAAUAAAUCUUUCAAAAAU